AUGAUCCCGGUAAAAAGAGAACGACAAACGUCAGAUCCAUUAUCGUACAAUAGCAGUUCGAGUAAUAGUAAGGCAAAUUCAACCCAACCAGGAGUAACCCCAAACCCGGUAAAUAUGGCAACUAGCAAUUCCCAAGCUAAUGUCAGACAGAAAUCCACUUCAGAAGCCAAAAGAAGACGAGUUACUAGAGCAUGUGAUAACUGUCGUCAGAAGAAAGUCAAAUGUGAUGGAAAACAACCUUGUAUUCAUUGCACGGUAUAUUCUUAUAAAUGUAGUUAUGAUCAACCAAAUGUAAGAAAUAAAAGACAUUCAGGCAUUCCAAUACCAGCACAACCAAAUCUAGCAGUAUUACAAGCAGCAGCUGCUGCUUCUGCCGCUGCUUCCUCCACAUCAUCAGCUAUGGCGCCAACAUCAUCAAAUACUGAUUUAUUCCCCAAUACAAAUUUGAUUGUUUGUCAACAAAUUUUCAAUGUAUUACUUCCAAAAUUAAAAUUAAAUUGUUUUGAUCAAAAUAUUCAAUUUGAUUUAGAUAGAUUUCAAAAAGUUGUUACUUAUAUUGAAACAAAAUCACCUUCAUUAGUACGUCAUUUAACAGAAAUUGGUGAAUUAAUGCAUGAUACUGAUACAACAGUUCCAUCUCCAACUCAUUCAGCUUCCACUAUUGAAAGACAAUCUUCUGUUAGUUCAAAUGAUGGACUUUCUGAAUUAUAUUUACCUAGUAAAGAAACUGCAUUACAAUUGAUUUUUACAUGUUGGAAUAAAGCAUGUGUCUUGUUUAGAUUUUAUCAUCGUCCUUCAUUAUUACAAGAAGUUGAUUUAUUAUAUUCCUUAGAUCCACUUAAUUAUGGUGAUAGACAACAAAAAUUCUUACCAUUUUUUUAUUCAAUUUUAGCUUGUGGUUCAUUAUUUUCAAAAUCAAGUUUUACUGAUCCGGGUGUAAAUGAACAUUUAGAAGAUGAUGGAUUUAAAUAUUUUUUAGAAGCAAGAAAAUUGAUUGAUAUUAGUAAUGUUGGGGAUAUUAAUUCAAUUCAAACUAUUGUUAUGAUGAUUAUGUAUUUACAAUGUUCAGCAAGAUUAUCAACUUGUUAUUCAUAUAUUGGUAUUGCAUUAAGAAGUGCAUUAAAGGAAGGAUUACAUAGAAAUUUAUCAAUUUUUCAAAAUUCAAAAAGAAAACUUGAUCCAAUUGAAAUUGAUACUAGAAAAAGAUUAUUUUAUACCAUUUAUAAAAUGGAUAUUUAUAUAAAUUCAUUAUUAGGAUUACCUAGAUCAAUAGAUGAAGAUGAAUUUGAUCAAGAAUUCCCAGAAGAAUUGGAUGAUGAAUAUGUUACUAGAACCGGUUGUUUAUAUGAAAAACAAGAAGGAAGACUUUCAUCUUCAGGUUGUGCCAAUCAUCAUACUAAAUUAAUGUUAAUUUUAUCUCAUAUUGUUAAAAAGUUAUAUCCAAUCAAAGUGAAAUCAAGUAGUGGAGAAGAAUUCGCAUCAAGUUCAGCAACUUAUUCUCCUGAUAAGAUUCAUAAUAAAAUAACUGAAUUAGAAUUAGAAUUAAAAACUUGGUUAGAUAAUUUACCUAUGGAAUUAAAACCAACUGAUCCAAAUUUAGCAAGUCUGAAUGAACAUAUUCCGGAACGAUUUAAAUUAGCGAAUUAUUAUUUACAUUUAGCAUUUUUGAAUUGUCAAAUCAUGUUAUAUCGUCCCUGCAUUCAUUUCAUUAGUGAUAAUGGAAGUUCUGCAACUAGUGCCAGUGAUCCAAGAUCAUUAAUCCGGGGUCGGAAUUGUAUUAAAGUUGCGAGAAUGGUUGUUAAAUUGGCUAACAAGAUGAUUGAUCAGAAUUUAUUGGUUGGAACAUAUUGGUUUUCAAUGUAUACUAUUUUCUUCAGUGUUGCAUGUUUAGUGUAUUAUUAUCAUUUUGCUAAUUAUGGACAGAAUAAAGAUAGUAUGGGAGUUAAUUAUGCUGGGAUUUUAUUUGAUGAUGAUUUAAAUAUAGAUAUGAUCAAAAAAGAUAUUGAAAUUGGGAAAAAGGUUUUAGAUUGUUUGAAGAAUUCAAGUAGAAGUUCUUUAAGAAUUUAUAAUAUUUUGAAUACUUUAUUUGAACAAUUAAAUAGAAGAACUGCUGAUACUUCAAGAUUUCAAAUUCAACAAAAACAAAUCCAACCCCAUCCACCACUUGCUUCAUCCGCUGUAGCAACGGCAGCAGCAUCAGCAGCAGCAGCAACCAAUUUCGAAAAUGAAAAUGUGAAAACCUUAUUCAACAACUUCAACACCAUAAACAACUUCGGAAAUGGCACUACCGCCACCGCCACCACCACUGUCGCCCCUGGUGUUCCUACCGUUCCCAACGCCCCUACUGCCACCGAUAUGGUCUCAUCAACAACCUCAAGUGAUAAAACCCAUCAACCAUAUUCAGCCUACCCGAAAAAACCAACCAUUGCCCAAUUAUUCAACGACACAAAUAUCGCCCAAUUCCAAUCAUCGGCCGAAAUAACCCAAGACCCAACUCAACAACAUGAAACCCCACCAAUGGAACCCACUCCCAUGGAUUUCUCACAGGAUUAUAUUCCUGGGGUGUUUGAUAAAUUGGAUGCGCAGAUUUUUGGUAAGAUAUUGCCUCCGUAUAUGUUGGAAAAAAAUGUUCCCGCUCCAUAUUCCAAUAAUGGUGAUGUGAAUUCGGUGGGGAUGAAUCCUGCGACGUAUAACCUGAGUGGUGGAAGAUUGAUGGCGCCGAGGUCGCCGUUGAGUAAUAUCGUGAGUGGGACUGUUAAUUUGGAUGAUUUUGAUUUUUAUAGUUUUGGUGGUGAUGGACAAGCUGGUGCUGGAAAUGGAAGUGGUAGUGGGAAUGGGAAUUCGGUGGAUUUGGAAUAUUUGGAUCCGUUUAAUUCUCGGAAUGAUCAAAAUUAA